AUCAACGGCGUCUAGACCAACAUCAUGCAACUACCAGACCAACGGAAUCUGGCUAGGAUCAGUAGCGUCCGACAAUUAUAUCAGAUGUAUCUAAUGCUUGAAUCGAAACGCAUGCAGACUCGCCAAGCAGCCAAGGCCAUCCGUGUUGACAACAUGAAGGCGCGAGCGCUCUCUUUGGAAUGCCCUUCUUAGUAGAAUGGGAUUAUCCGGCACUUUUAGGUGCGCAGUCAGCGUUUCCACAGCUCCCCCUACGCAACAUCAUAUUGGCUGCUUUGAAACUUGAACCCUCAUGGCUCAGUAAGUGUAACAUGCAUGGAUUCGGAGCUUUGCGCCAGGUGCUUCAGGACCGCACUCUUACUAUACAACCACGAAUAUUCUACUAGACCUCUUGGCAAUUUUCCAAGGCAACGUGCUAAAGCAUAAAAAUUGCGACUCAAGACACAUUUUGAGCUCUCCAGCGAAAUGUAGAGCAAAGAAAAGUACUGUUGGACCAAUUCCAGAGACAUACUGCGGAAUUAGAGAUGCGGAAGGAUUGGGAGGGGCUGCACCACACACGCAGAGCAUCUGCAUUAUUUUCUCCCCUCAUGCAGCGAGCGAGUUUAUGCCAGGCUGCAGUCUAACACGUGGAUGUAACGCAAGAGAUUCGUCUUUUUGCUGCUCUUUUAGGUAGGUAGGUAAUAGUAGCCAAGUAAGACCUAAGUCGCACC